GUAACUCCCAGUCUUACCACGAACGGUCCACGGCCCUCUGGGAUCCGGCGCAGCCCUCGUUCAGCACGAUCCGCAUCCAGGCACCCAGCAGCGCCGCCGUCCAGAAAACCAAAGUCUCUCUGCCCAAAUCCGGACCGGUUUGCUUGAGCCUGGAACCCGUGAGCCCCUCCAGACAGAACGUGGCCCACGAGGAAGGCAUCCUGUCCCCCAACCACCUGGCGGCCGUCUCGCUCCUUCGGAAGCAGUACCAGGCCAAGGGGAGGCCCGUCCCCUCCACGGAAGAGCUCUAUAAAUACUUGCACAGGAUAGGGCAGAACGG